AUGUCUAGUAAAAAGGGAGGAAAAACUAAAAAACACUUGCUCUUAGCUAAACUAGUGACUGGUAAAAAAGCCCCUUGUGUAUUUUGUCAACGCAAUGUUGAUGAUGAAAUCAUUUAUGGAAAGUUGUACGCUAUAGGAGAUAUUCAGUGUCAUUAUUUUUGCGUGCUUCUUUCCUGUUGCCUAGUGCAGAAAGGUAAUGAUGAAGAUGGUCUCUUUGGAUUUCUCUACCCGGAUAUUAUUGCUGAAGUUGAAAGAAGUAAAAAGCAUAAAUGUUCUUACUGUGGUCGGGAUGGCGCUACAUUGGGUUGCAGCGUCAGCCAAUGUCGAAAGCAGUUCCACCUGCCAUGUGGUAGAGAACGGGAUGCAGUGUCGCUUUUCUAUGGUAACUAUAAGACAUAUUGCCACAAGCAUGCUCCAAAGCAGAAGAUAAACGAUGAAAUAAUGGCCAAGGUUAAACUUCGGUCGCUAGCUCAGAGGAAAAUAAAGCAAUUGAAAAAUCAAGAAACGAUUAAGAAAAAAAUUCUAGACUCAACCACCAGCUGUGUAAAUGAGAAUAAAACGGAUCAAGAUGAAGAACAGAAACAAGAGAUGGAGGCAGUUUGUGUGAUAUGUUACGAGACUGUUGAUGGAUAUCCUACAUUAAGGACAUUCUGGCCCCCAUGCUGUGCAAGAGAUGCGUGGUUCCAUAGAAGCUGUUUACAGCGCAUGGCACUGAGCGCCGGCAUGCACUAUCUGAAAUGUCCCCUUUGCAACGAGAAGGAAGUAUUCUACAAAGCUGUUCUUAGUCAAGGAUACUACGUACCAGAUCGGGAUGCGGCUUGGGAGCUAGAACAGAAUGCGUUCUCAGAGAUAUAUGAGCGACCCGUCUUCUGUGCAGCACCGGAAUGCUGUUGUCCGAUGGGAAGGGACCAUGAUGCCGAUACUGGAGCAUGGGACAUGUUAGUGUGCGUGUUGUGCGGCAGUAGCGGUAUGCACGAGCAGUGCAGGCAACAGCUGCAGGAUUCGAACCCGGACGCCCCGCGAGCCAACCGUUACGUGUGCGCCGUCUGUGCUCCAGUGGCACCCGAGGACAUCGACACGCUCGCCGAAUGCAUGGAGACAGUGGUCCUCCAAGGCUCGCCGCAGGAGCCGGAGGAGCGUCGCGGCGUACCCAUGCCCAGCCGCAUGUCGCUGCGCCGCACCAAGCCACGGACAGCACCCACUGAACGAGCUUCGAGUUCGAACACGCAAAGAAAUGGCAUUACAAUCAAAACCGAGAAGGAAGAAGCAGAUGAAAUCCCAAAAUCCGAUAUCACAGCGAGCCGACUGGAAUUGAACCUGAAACCACCGAAGAAACCACCCCGGGGUAUCCUCGAACCUUUGAACACGUUAAAGGAUAUAGAAAACAUAUUGAUAUCUCCCCUAAAAAUGUUCGAGCAAGGACUGUAUGAGCGGAUCUCUCAAGUGGGGAUAAAAGAUUUGAAACUGGACUCGAACCAGUUAGUCGAGCAGAUGAGGGAGAGGUUCAGAAAACCUAGGCCGUUGGUUGAGAAAAAGAAAAUUAUCAACAACAUAUUAGAGAGCAUAUUCGAGAGUCUACACAAAGACAAAACGAAAACCAAAGAGCCUAUAAAAGAAUGGAACUCACCGAAAAAAUACUCCGACAGUGAAAUGGAAACUAUUGAGAAAAUUUUGAAAGAAAAUAACGAUCCCUCUACUGAACAAAACCAAGUGGACAUCGAGGGCAUUGACAAUAAUAUAAACCCUCCAAUUAUGCUCAACAAAGAAACUAUAGACCUAAUAGAUGAAAAUGCUAUUAUUGAUAGUGGGGAUGUACAAUACAUUAGUAAACAAGUGGAAAGAGAUGAUGAAACAAAAGAGACGGACGAUUCGUCAAAUAGCACAUUCCAACUGCCACCAGAGUUUAUUGCCGAAGAGAACAGUAAUGCGAGUCUACCAAUAUUCGACACACCAAAGAAAUUCAAGCCGGUCCACAUACAAAAGGACUCCAGUAUGGAGAUUUCGAAAAACAAUGAAACCGUCAACAUUGACGUUGUUAAAUUAAAAGAAACAGAAACCAAAAGCGAUUUUAUAACAAAUCUCGAUAUAAAAAGUCCAUUCAAAGCGAACAAAUGCGCUUACAAGUUCAGUCCGUUGGACAAAGAAGUGCUGCAAAGCAAUAAGCUUGAUAUUGAUGUGGAGUGUUUCAAAAAUCACUAUCUGAACGAGAUUGAUAAGGACUUCAAAUGUACAUUCAACCAUCAGCAUGUAGAAAACGAGAAGACAGACGGCAAGCUAACAACUGCCAUCGAUUUCGCUGUGAACGCUUACAAUAAGGAGAAAAAGGAGCAGACUGCGGUCAAAAGAAAAAUUCCAGAUCAGGAAGCGGUUCCAAAGAAGAAAAGACGCGUAGCUCCCAAAAAGAAAGUCCACAUCAAAUGUGAUAAAUCUGAAAUAAAAGUCAAAUGUUCGACUAAAAAAACUGGAGCCGAACUAGAAUCUGUGGGUUUAAAAGUAAAGGAAAAAAAGAGAUUGAGGAAGCAUAAGGUGUCAAUAAGAAAUAAGGAUAUACAAGUUAAGAUCAAAUGGAAAAAAGAGCAGCUGCGGUUGAAAAUUACAGAAUCAAAAAGGAACGUCAAACGGAAGAAAACAAAGAAAUCGCCAUCGAAGACUCUUAAGCAGUAUGUCCUAAAAUAUUCACCGAACAUAUACUCUAAGGGUGUGAUAGCGAGACCGGAACACGAGGUGACACCGAUCAGGAAGAAACAUGUGAAAUGUGAGAAGACACCGGAUAAUUUAGUGCAGACGUCUAUUGCAAGUUUCUUUAAAACUAAACCCCCACCGAAUUAA